AACAAAGUCUCCUCAUCACGUAUACAACACCAACAGUUAAUCUGCACGCAUCGUUCAAAAUCAAACCUCACGAAAGGUUAACCCAUCUGAUAUAGACUACCGGCUAGUAUACAACUCCAACCUUUUCAUCCACUCUCUCUCUCUCUCUCUCUCUCUCUCUCUCUCUCUCUUUCUCUGAAAAGCAAGAAACAAACACGGCAAAAUAUUUAGACAGAGAAAGCUAUUCUUUUAGAGAGGGAGAGAGUGAGUGGCGCCACCUGGCGAUCUCAGAGGCGGAGUUGCAGACGCUUAAAGGUACAGGCGGCGGAUCCUGUGUUUGCCACGCCACGCCAGCGGUUUUGUAUAUCACGCUGUCGCACCAAUCAAUUCAAAGUCAGUCACACACUCUCUAAAUAGCUGCUAAUAUCAACGUUCUUUAAUUGUGUCCCAAAAUCCGAGAAAUCCAGUCCUAUUUUAGCGUUUCGGUGGAAUCAAAUUCGGUGUUUUCGGAUCGGAUCAAAUUGGAGUUUCGGAUCGCGUAAUUGAGUGAAGGAUUCGAAUUUAAGAUCUUUGAUAUUGAGAGGCUGAGCAAGGUUGCGUGGUUUUUCCUUGCACGCUUUGGUGGUGGUUAUUUGGAGCUGAAGGAAUUUUCGGUAUUUAGUGUUGUGGUUUGGGGAGGGAUUUUUGGACGAGUUUUGGGAAAUGUUGGGUGGAUUUUGUGUGAUGCUUUGACGUUUAUAUUUUUUGGUUUGGAUUUGUGUAGAUUUUUGUGUUGUGUAGUGUGUGUGUAAUAGAGGAUUAGCCGACAUGGUCAGCGGGAAUUUGUUCCACUGUAGAAAGAAUUCAUGGCCGCCCGAGGAGUAUAUCAGCAGGAACACUCUGCAGUUGUUUGAUUUUGAUAGUGCUGGCCCUCCAGAACAAGCCUGGAGAAGGAAAUUAAGCAGCCAUGCUAAUCUUCUCAAAGAGUUUAGUGUCACGUUUGUGGAAGCAAUAAAGAUGGUUCGACUUGGUAUACGGUUGUGGUCAUAUGUUAGGGAAGAGGCUUCUCAAGGAAGGAAAGCACCUAUUGAUCCGUUCACUCGAGAAAGUUGCAAGCCAUCAGCAUCUCAAGGGGUUCCACUUGGAGGAAUGGGAAGCGGCAGCAUAUCUAGAGGUUUUAGAGGUGAAUUUCGGCAAUGGCAAAUUAUUCCUGGUAUAUGUGAAGCUUCACCUGUCAUGGCCAAUCAGUUCUCUAUUUUUAUAUCAAGAGAUGGUGGAAACAAAAAAAUUUCAACAGUUUUGGCUCCAGGCCAACAUGAAGGGCUGGGGAAAGCUGGUGAUCAGGGUAUAUCAUCAUGGGGAUGGAAUCUGAAUGGUCAGCAUUCUACAUACCAUGCUCUGUUUCCUAGGGCAUGGACCAUAUAUGAUGGUGAACCGGACCCAGAACUGAAAAUAUCUUGUCGACAAAUAUCACCAUUCAUUCCACAUAAUUACAGAGAUAGCAGUCUUCCUACUGCAGUUUUUGUUUACACGUUGGUUAACACUGGUCGGGAAAGAGCUAAAGUCAGCCUUCUCUUUACAUGGGCGAAUUCAAUUGGUGGAUUCUCGCAUUUGUCAGGAGAUCAUGUGAAUGAACCAUUUUUAGGCGAAGAUGGAGUCUCUGGUGUACUUCUUCAUCACAAGACUGCAAAAGGGAAUCCUCCUGUUACUUUCGCAAUAGCUGCAUGUGAAACUCAGAAUGUAAAUGUGACUGUUCUUCCAUGUUUUGGGCUGUCUGAAGGAAGCUGUGUUACAGCAAAGGAUAUGUGGGGUAGAAUGGUCGAGGAUGGGCAGUUUGACCGAGAGAACUUCAGUUCCGGACGAAGCAUCCCCUCAUCACCUGGAGAGACAGUUUGUGCUGCUGUUUCAGCCUCCACAUGGGUGGAACCUCAUGGGAAGUGCACCGUUGCAUUUGCCCUUGCAUGGUCAUCUCCAAAAGUAAAAUUUUCGAAGGGCAGCUUAUAUAAUAGGAGGUACACAAAAUUUUAUGGCACAUCUGAAAGUGCCUCCCUGGACUUGGUGCAUGAUGCACUAACUAAUUAUAAGCGGUGGGAAGAUGAAAUAGAGAAUUGGCAAGGGCCUAUCCUGAAAGAUGAAAGGCUACCAGAAUGGUACAAGUUCACAUUAUUUAAUGAGCUGUACUUCUUGGUUGCUGGCGGAACAGUUUGGAUUGAUUCUCCAUCGUCGACUUCAGACAUGAGAAAUGAUCAGAAUCAAUUAGUAGAAGUGGAAAAUACAGAUGUCAAUGUAACUGAAGCCAAGGUGGAUGAUGGCAGACAAGACUCAGUUUUCAAGCAUACCACAACCAGUGCUGGAUUAAAAGAAAAAGAUGAAGCAGUGUUUACAAAUUUUUCUUGCAAAGAUGAACCCAUGGUACCUCUGAAGAAGGGGCACUCCAACCGCUCUUUGCAUCCCCUCACAUUGCCGGACCCAGAAAAUGAAAAUGAUGAUGUUGGAAGGUUUCUUUACUUGGAAGGAGUGGAAUACAUCAUGUGGUGCACAUAUGAUGUGCACUUCUAUGCUUCAUUUGCACUUCUUGAGCUGUUUCCUAAGAUUGAACUCAAUAUUCAGCGUGAUUUUGCGAAGGCUGUCUUAUCUGAGGAUGGAAGAAAAGUAAAGUUUCUGGCAGAGGGAAAUUCGGGAAUUCGGAAGGUUAGAGGAGCUGUUCCUCAUGAUCUGGGAACACAUGACCCAUGGAAUGAAAUGAAUGCAUAUAAUAUUCAUGAUACAAGCAAAUGGAAAGAUCUGAAUCCAAAGUUCGUACUUCAAGUGUAUAGAGACUUUGCUGCGACAAGAGAUAUGUCAUUUGGAGUUGAUGUUUGGCCUGCUGUUCGUGCUGCCAUGGAAUACAUGGAACAAUUUGAUAGUGACAAUGAUGGUCUCAUUGAGAAUGAUGGGUUCCCAGAUCAAACAUAUGAUACUUGGACGGUUCAUGGUGUGAGUGCUUACUGUGGAUGCUUGUGGGUUGCCGCACUCCAAGCUGCAGCUGCAAUGGCCCUUGAACUUGGGGACCAGAGUUUCGCUGAAAGGUGCAAAAGCAAAUUUUUGAAGGCCAAACCGUCAUUUGAGGCAAAAUUAUGGAAUGGCUCUUAUUUUAACUAUGACAGUGGGUCAAGUAGCAAUAGUAAAUCCAUACAAGCAGAUCAACUGGCUGGGCAAUGGUAUACAGCAUCCGCAGGCUUGCCUUCACUUUUUGAUGAUUCCAAAAUCAGAAGUUCUCUCCAGAAAAUCUAUGAUUUCAAUGUAAUGAAAGUUAAAGGAGGCAGAAUGGGUGCUGUAAAUGGGAUGCAUCCCAGUGGUAAGGUGGAUGAGACUUGCAUGCAGUCACGUGAAAUAUGGAGUGGUGUCACCUAUGCUGUGGCAGCUACAAUGAUCCUAGCUGGAAUGGAGGAGCAGGCGUUUACAACUGCGGAAGGAAUUUUUACUGCGGGCUGGUCGGAAGAAGGAUAUGGAUACUGGUUUCAGACUCCAGAGGGAUGGACGAUUGAUGGGCACUUCCGAUCUCUUAUUUAUAUGAGGCCACUCUCAAUUUGGGGUAUGCAGUAUGCACUAUCACUGCCAAAGGCGAUUCUUGAGGCCCCAAAGAUCAAUAUAAUGGACAGAAUCCAUAUUUCUCCUGGUAGUGCGAGAUCAUCUCACAAUGAAACAGGCGUUAGAAAGAUUGCAAAGAAAGCAAAGUGCCUUGGGAAUUCUGUGUUUAACUGUACUUGCUGAUUAUGGCACGCAGAGUUAUCAGUGACGAUAAAAGUAGUAACAUUUGGAGGUACAUUCAGUUUUCUGCUCUCUGACUCGAGUGUAUCGGGGCGGCGGCUAGCAUCCUUCCCAUGACUAACAUGCGUUCUAGGUCACACUGCUCUUCCACAAAUAUCAUGUUCAUUACAAGCCUGUUUACAUUCCGAACAAUCUAAAGCUUUGUGUCUGAUAAUUAACCAUGUAAUGGGGGGCACUGUGGCUGCGGGCAACAAAAUUUUUUGAUAUC